GAGAGACUUUCAACCCCCGUGAACCUCCUCUUCCAACAAGCCUUGUCCCGAAUCGAAAGCUGUGGCCAUGGAUCAAUCCCCAUACCCACCGGGCGGCCACGCCCGCGCCCACUCUCGCAGUACUCCCAAUUUGCCUCCACCGUUCGUGAGCGUUGACAACUCGAACAAUAUGAUUGUAGAGGCUGGGGGAGGAAGUGAAGGACCUCGGUUGACUACUGAGGUUGGUCGUGAGCAUAGUAGCAGUGAGGGCGCUGCGGCAUCUCACUCUCGCGCACACUCUAAUAGCUCCCCUAUGCCUGCUCUACAACUCAGUAGCUCUGUUGGCUCGGAUGAUACAGUCGUAGCUGGUAGUCAAGGGACCAUUAGGGCCAGGCCAAGCGGUGGACACACUUACAGUGACGGAGCUACGUACCCGCACAAUCGAGGACAAGGCGCGCAGAGUUCGAGGGGUCAAACCUGGCAAGAUUUCUUGAGAGAGUCCGGAGGCGAUGCUGCAGAGGGCCCGUAUCCUUCCUUCCUCGAUCAGCCUCGCCGUCGGUCGUCGAGGUUGUCUUAUGUCGAGUCGGCGAACCCUCGACCGUCACCUCAACCACCAACGACGCUAGCGCCAUCAGACAGAAAACGACGGUCGACCGCACCUGAACCUCCUCCCACCGCGCAGCCCGGACACCACAGAGGCCACAGCAGUGUCUCAUUCACUCGCCCACCGCUUCCAUUGCCGCGCCCGCCUCGUCAACGCAGUCACGCACACUCUGCGUCUGCUUCUGUCCUGCCGUCUUCCAACCUCAACCUCUAUGCCUCACACCGCCGGCAAUCUCCGCUUCCACCUCUCCCUCCGCUCUCACAGCAGUCACCGCGGCGGUUAUCAUCCUUCCACCCACCGCCCGACUACUUUCAAAACAACCCUCCUCAAGACAGCGACGACAUCAUGCUCCCUCCGUGGCAGCCAGACUCUGAAGUGACUCAAUGCCCUGUCUGUAGCUCCAAUUUCACCUUCUUCACACGCAAACAUCACUGUCGCAAAUGCGGACGCGUUGUGUGCGCGCGUUGCUCUCCACACAGGAUCACGAUCCCGCGCCAGUUCAUUGUUUGCCCCCCGCUGGAGGACCUCGACGCCUUAUCACCGCACGCAGCCAUAUCAGCCGGAGAGUCUAAUUUCGAUGCUGUUCCGGAGACGUUCAGCCCGUCCGCCCUGAAUCCUGCCCUUGGAGGCGGAGAGGAAGUCCGAGUCUGCAAUCCAUGCGUCCCGGACCCUAACUUUAGCCCACCACCACGCCGCCAGGAGGUGCCCCAGGGUAGCUCCCAGCCGCUGCAAAACACUGGCCGGCAGCGUCUGCUAGAUCGGACACAAGAAGGCCACAAUGCGUUCUCCGUGGGCCGAAAUGGCCACCUUUCCCCUCAUCAAAGCCCUUCUUCUACCGCAAGCACCCAGAGCUCGGCACCCCGCGUCCCCUCUCCCGCGGAUUCACUCCUAUUUCCAACAUUUGAGGACGACAGGUCCAUACGCCGCGUCUCUCCUGCUCCUACACCACGUGCCCGCAAUGAACUCACCGAGGACGAAAUGUGCCCGGUUUGCGGCCGGGAGCUACCCCCUGUGCCCGCUGGCGUGGAUAGAACCACGGCCCGAGAGGAGCACGUCGCGGCCUGCAUCACAGACCGUAUGAGUGGAUCACCUGCCGGAAACGCGGCCUCUGCGUCCGGUUCUGGCCGUCAAACCAACAUGAGCUACCAGAAGCUCACCUGGAAGGCCACCGAGAAGGACUGUGAAGGGGAGUGCAUAGUGUGCUUUGAGGAGUACGAGGAGGGGGAGGACUUGGCGCGCUUGGCGUGUCUGUGCAAGUUCCAUAAUGCCUGUAUCGCGCAAUGGUGGGCUGUCAAGGGCCCAGGGAGCUGCCCCACACAUCAGCUCCAGGUGUAGUGGAGUUGGCGUGGAUGGGUAGCUCUUUGGGCGUCUUCCGAGCGGGGUUCUAGGGGUAGAAGGUUGGGGUUUCGGUGCUGAUUUCUGGUGUUUAUGGCGUACAUGUUGCUCUGGUUCUGAUUUCCACACUCCUCAUAGAUACCCAAGGCGGGACGCCCUAGUCUGGGUAGGUUGUUUGUUUCACUGACUCCUCUCUGACAUUGUCAGACUGCCCCCAAAGAGUCAUUCAUGGCACAUGACUCCACGCGAUGUAAUAGUAGAUACGACGUGAAUCGAACCAAUAGCGCUGCCGCAGAUCUGGAGCUCCGAGAUCUGAUCGCAUUCGUGGAGUUGGUCACUGACAAGCUGGCC